UGAAGAGACCAACGUGGUUCGCAGACAGUUGAUCGACGGGGUUGUUUUCAUUUUACAGUUAAUGUGUCGCCUCUUUAAUUAAUCGAAAUGACUGAAAGUAAAGCGGAAACGGCUCCUAAGCCGGCUAAAGAACUGCUGGCUUUGAACCCCAAACAAGAGUCUGAGUUCAAGAAGAAGGUGCAGGAGGCGAAGAAGAACAAAUCCAGCAAGGGGAACCGUUUGACACCUGGAGUGAUUUAUGUCGGCCACCUGCCAACCGGCCUGUUUGAACCUCAGCUCAAAUCUUACUUUGAACAGUUUGGGAAAGUCCUGAGGCUGCGGCUGUCCAGGAGUAAAAAGACAGGUGGAAGCAAAGGCUAUGCAUUUGUAGAGUUUGAUUGUGAUGAAGUAGCCAAAAUUGUUGCAGAGACCAUGAAUAAUUACCUCAUGGGAGAGAGACUCAUCAAAUGUCAUGUGAUUCCACCGGAGAAGGUGCAUGAGAAGCUGUUUGUUGGCUCCCGAAGGGAAUUUAAAAAGCCCUCAAAUCCUGCCGUGGCACGCUACAACAAGAAUCGCACAGAAGAGCAGAUCACCAAGAUGAAAGACAAACUCGUGAGGAAAGAAGCAAAGCUCCGCAAGAGACUCGCCGCCAACGGCAUCGACUAUGACUUCCCUGGAUUUGCAGCCCAGAUGCCCCUGAAGAAAAAGUCAGAUUCCAUGAAUGCGUCUACAUGCAGUGAUGACACCACACCAGUCUGCACCCCCUCGCUCCUGGAGAGGAGGAAGUCCAUGGUCGUCGAUGACGAUGCAGAUGAUGAAAUUGUCAUUAAGAUGCCAGCUGCAGAGAAAGAUGAAGAGUGCUCCUCAGAGGAGGAGGAAGAUGGCGAUGAUGAGGAUGAGGAUGAGGACUCAGAGAGCGAGGAACCCUCUGGUGAAGGCGCAGAGGCGGAGUGAAAAUCUUCACUGUGUUAUUGUGGACUUGGUACUCUGUCUGUCAGAGUACAUUGUGUUUGCUUCGAGAGUCAGAGGGCAGCUUUGAACUGUGUUCAGAAAUCACAGUGUGUCUGCCAGUUUGUAGGAACCACAUUCACAAAGAAGCUCUUAUGUCACACGCCACCAUAAUUGUGGGUACGUUAGUUGAAUUGUACAUUAGCAAGUAUCCUGGAAGGAGCUUGCAGCAUCAUCACAAUUAGCCUGAUUUAUGGGCUACAGUUGUGCUUGGACGUCUUUGACAGAUGGCAAAUGUGCGUUUCAGUCUUGGAGCAGGUGGUUUCCUUUGCAAUAAAGGCUCUAAUGUUGAUAGUAAACAGACCAACAUUUAAUUUUUUUCUUUGUUUGUAACCACACUUGUCUGGAGGUGUGGUGGAAUUUGUACCAUGUAAAGUAUGACCUAUGAAAAUAAAUGAUAUGAGAAUGUG